AUGAGUACUUCGGUUUACACGCUCGAUUUAGGUGACAGACUUGAGGAGAUACAACGGCUUGAAUUUCAGCACCGUGAAGUAUUUUUGCCAGUUACUGGUCGUCUGGUCCCAGAGGAGAUCCUUCAAUUCCUUUCAUCUCUAGGUCGAGCACCGGUUGUAGCCGAUGUGGCUACAGGCACGGGGUUAUGGUUGCGAGAUCUUGCAAUGAAGCUAUCACCAGACGCUCAGCUGGAUGGUUACGACCUUGACACUGCCAAGUUCUUAGAACCAUCGCAGCUGCCGCCAAACGUCAAAUUAAUGCAGGGCAACGCCCUUGAACCAUUUCCACCCGAGAAGCAUGAGAGCUAUGACUUUGUACAUAUACGAUUUAUGUUAUACGGACUUAAAGCUCAUCAGUGGGAUGAAAUCGCUAUAAACGUUCAGCCACUAUUACGGCCAGGAGGCUAUCUGCUCUGGGAGGAGGCGGGUUACCCUGGGAUGACUUGUUUGCCUAUGACAGAGAGCUUCCAGAAACUCAUGAAUAUCAAUGUUCGGCAUGCUGCAUUAAUGGAAAGGGACAUCACGUAA